AUAGAUAUCUGGCUCUCGGCUUUCGGCUCGGAGGGGGCGAAGGUGCAACUUUCUUCGGUCGUCCCGAAUCCGGGUUCAUCCGACACCAGCCGCCUCCACCAUGCCGCCGAAGUUCGACCCCAACGAGAUCAAAGUCGUAUACCUGAGGUGCACCGGAGGUGAAGUCGGUGCGACUUCUGCGCUGGCCCCCAAGAUCGGCCCCCUGGGUCUGUCUCCGAAAAAGGUUGGUGAUGACAUUGCCAAGGCAACGGGUGACUGGAAGGGCCUGAGGAUUACAGUGAAACUGACCAUUCAGAACAGACAGGCCCAGAUUGAGGUGGUGCCUUCUGCCUCUGCCCUGAUCAUCAAAGCCCUCAAGGAACCACCAAGAGACAGAAAGAAACAGAAAAACAUUAAACACAGUGGGAACAUCACUUUUGAUGAGAUCAUCAACAUUGCUCGACAGAUGCGGCACCGAUCCUUAGCCAGAGAACUCUCUGGAACCAUUAAAGAGAUCCUGGGGACCGCCCAGUCUGUGGGCUGUAAUGUUGAUGGCCGCCACCCUCAUGACAUCAUAGAUGACAUCAACAGUGGCGCUGUGGAAUGCCCAGCCAGUUAAGCACAAAGGAAAGUAUUUCAAUAAAGGAUCAUUUGACAACUGGUGGAAAAAAAAAAAAA